UAUUUGGUAUUCGCUAUAGGUAUAUAUUUCUGUUCCUUCAAGUAUCUAAUGCUAUUCGAUACUACAUUUGUCCAGAAGAAUAUGAUUUCAAAAUGCCUCACUUCACUUCUGUAACUCUUCUAAUUAUUAUGUUAUCAAAUGCAUUCUCUUUCUUUCAUGGUCUUGAUGGAAAUAAACAUAAUUGGGAGGUUGUGCAAAAGUGUUUGACGACCGUAAUCAUCACCAACCUAUUUAAUGUGGUCAUCUGUUUUUACUACUCUCUCAAGCUUAAUGACAAGAAUCCGGACAGCGAAGCUUACGUUCGGGAUAAACUGAUUCAUUGGCAUGAAGCAUUCAUAACAUUCGCCAUGUUUAGUAUUGCUCAAGCUGAGGCAAGAUACUUUGAUGCAGUUCAGGUGCUUGAGAAGACCAACGCAGAAUAUGGUUCUCGUUAUCCGAAGAGAUUCAAAAGAUUUUCAAUUAAGCAUGAGAGCGAGGAAGAGAAAAGUGAUUUGGAUGGAGAUAAAGGGAAACAAAAAUCCUAUAAUUGAUAUACUUAGAUCUUUUAUUCUAUUAAAUAAUUGAGAUUACAA